GUCAGCAAAGCAAAACAUCGAGGCUGGGAUUCAGAAACCCUUAUCGUUGCCCUCCAUUACAUUGGUUAGGUCACGAAACGUUGGAAUAUUUUCUUGCCUUUUUCAGCGUUUGUCGUUUUUCUUUUAACAGAAUCAUUUUUAAAGCAUGUAAGAUUGUCGCCUGUGAGGAAAAUGACUGUUGCUGUCCUCACUUUCAUCGCUUUUUUAACCGUUUUCCAUUGCAAUGCAGAUAACCUUCCUCCACCGGAAGAAUUUCACUAUGAGUGGACUAACCCCAUCACUCUGAAACUGAUUUGGAAGGAGCCCAGAAAUCCACCAGAUAGCUGUGAGAUCCUAUAUGAGGUCAAAUCUUUACUGGAUAACUCGACCAAGCGUACACCGGAGACAUAUUUGGUAUACACCUGUCCUAGAGAAAAUCUGAACAUUGAUCACUGGACUUACACCAUUACUGCUGUGGGCACUAAAAACUGUAGUGCUUGGAAGAGCAUUACACCUGUGACUGUAAAUGUGAGCAGUCAGAUGCCACAAGUUGACCUUGUGAAGGACUUCAGAUGUGCCAUUGAUCAGGAUGGAAUAAACUGCUCUUGGAUCCCUGUACAAGUGUUACAGAACCUGUCCUACUGUAGCUGCAGUUCUUCCGUCUGUGAACCGGUGUGCAAUCAACCCUACAGCAUUGAAAACAGGACAGGCUGUGACAUUGACACUGAUUCACCUCUAAGUGGCUGUUAUUUCGAAGUGAGAAGUGCAAGUGAAGUCACCAUUGUGAAACCUCACAUUGAAUUGCAUAUACCAGAGCUGAAUGUCACAGAAGAAGGACAUAAGCUCAAACUGACCUGGACUGCAAAAGACGUUGGAAGAGAUUGUCGGUUUUUUGUGUUGUGCUACACAGAGUGCGAUAGGAACGAAGAAGGCCUUAACAUCACAGGGGUGACCUACGAAAUGUUUUACAACCAAAGAUGCCAAUACACCUUUCGUACCAGAGUCUUGACUAAUUCAUUUUGUCCACCAUACGCCAGCAAGUGGAGCACAGCUGUCACAUAUGGGAUCAACAAGCUUCCGGACAGAACUCUGACUGUAGUUACCAUCAUCAUCCCUAUCAUUCUGUUUGUCAGCGUCAUUCUGUCCUGCUACUGCUUCAAGAAGCACAGUGAGAUACUUUGCCCCAACACACCAGACCCAUCAGCCAUAUUCAAGGAACUUAUGGAACUUAACGGAAACAAAGAAUAUAAGUCAGAAGCAAAGAGACUGUACAGGCCAAUGCCAGAAGUCAUUGAAAAAUGCAAAAUUUCCAUCAUCGCUGACAACAGCGAUAACAAGGUUUACUGACAUUCCAGCUUUGGAGCAAUGUUCUGCCAUUGAAACAUUCCUGCAGAAUGUUUACUCUUUGGUGCAUUAACACCAGACUGAACUAAUUAGGGUAUGGCAGGAAAAACUCCAUGUCUGUAACUGAAGUUAACUGGACUCCAUCAACCCCAAAAUAAGGAAUAAAGCACUUGGCUUUGUGACUUUACAUGGCUGUGAUGGGGUGGACUGCUGGGCCGUCUGUGGACUGAUGGGUUUGGUGCCCGUUUCCCGUGUGACCUUGAAAAGGCUUAUGCAGUAGAAGAUGAGUAAAUUAAUGUCUUUUUGUGAAAAAGUGAAUUACCUCAUUUUGACUCAUUGUAUGGCAUUGGCGGGUUAGCGCUGCUCCUGUGUUGUUGUUAUCUUCUUUAACAGUCUGAUGUCUGCUGUGGUCCCUCAUGAUCAGAUUAACGGGCUGGGGCUGUUUCGACGCACCACUGUCUUUGUCUUCUGGACUUGCAUACCUAUGUAUACCUACAACUGCUUACUCACAAAAGUGACUGUGAUGUUGCCUGAAAAGUGUAACCGACGAUGUUCAUUAUUUUGACUUAAAUACACAUUUUUUAUAUAAUAAAGUAAAACUGACACCUU